GCAUGCCGUUGCCAGCCAAACUCAUCGUGGGCAUCCAAUUCCCCCGUCUGACCAGCAACCAUCAUCUUUCUCUCUGUCUCCCAUAUCCAAUGGUUCGUGCACGCGCUGCAUUGCUACUUAGCCUCACAUGAGAAUCGGAUCCAUCGAGCCGCGGUGAACCGAGUGCGAUCAGGCGCAAUGAGGAUCAUGGUGCGGACGCUGCGCGGGGACCGGGUGGCGCUGGACGUGGACGGCGCGACGACGACGGUGGCGCAGGCCAAGGGCAUGGUCAUGGCCCUGGAGCGCGUCCCGGUGGCCAUGCAGCGGCUCUUCUUCGCCGGCUGCCACCUCGACGACGACAACCGCACGCUCACCGGCUACGGCGUCCAGCACGGCUCUGUCCUCUUCCUCGGCCUUCGCCUUCGCGCCGCCGACACCACCCCGUGUCAGGAAGAGAUGCAAAGGUUGCAGGUGCCGGCAGGAUCCAUGGCCGUGAAGCAUGAACUGCAUCAGCAGCAGGUGCAGGUGCAUCAUGGCCAUGGCCACGACGGUGGCGAGGUGCUCGACAAGGCCAAGCCCAGGAAGCCGGUCUCGCGGCGCGCGCUCCGGAAAAUCCUCUCGAGGCUGCACGUGGACACGUGGACGAGGCAGCACGACGCCAAGCUGCUCGACCUGCUGCAGCGCCGCACUGCGGGGCACGGCGGCGAACGGAGGAGGAGCGUGGGCGACCUGACCGGGGAGGACUGGUCGGCCAUCCGCGUCGAGCUGAACUCUGCCACGGGGUCCGCGUUCCCCGUGGAGGAGCUGCAGCGGCGGGUGGGCGACUUCCGGCGCGAGCUAGAGGCCGUGGGCCGCAUCAAGAGCCACCCGCGGUUCGGUUACGAUCCGCGCCGCCGUGUCGUCGUCGCCGAGGAAGACGACUGGAGGCGCUACACGCUGGAAAAUCCUGAGGCGGCGGUGUACGAGGGGAGGAGCCCGCAUCUGGGUCGCCUCCGAGCAAUUUUCGCCGGAGACGGGCACGCCGGAGCAAGCCGGGAGUCGCGGCCGAAGAGAUACCUGAGCAAGUUGCUUCGGAAUUUUGGGCUUCGAUGUAAGCUGUAGAAGUGCAGAGCCACCGUUCAUCUCACACUUCACACUUGUAACCCUGACCUUGUACAACGUGGACUAAAAUGGUUUACCGAUCUAUUGCGUGAAGUUUUAAAUAAUAUAAAUAGUCAUUUCAGUAGUC